AUGCCAGAGGCGCUGCCCGAUGGCCACUUCCUCUUCUCAUCCGAGGCAACCACAGAAGGACAUUUCGACAAACUCUGCGACCGAGUGGCCGACGCAGUAUUGGACACAUGUCUUUCGCAGGACUCAGAAAGCCGGGUGCUUUGUGAAGCAUGCGCCAAGUCUGGAAUGGUGAUGAUCCUUGGUGAGGUGGUCAGCAAAGCCAGUAUACAAUACGAGCAGGUCAUUCGAGAAGCUGUCAAAGCGGUUGGCUAUGACAGCGAUGACAAGGGCCUGGAUUGGAGGACGAUGAACGUCAUUGUGGCGGUUGAAGAUCAGGGCCCGGACAUCGCAGCCUCCUUGGGGAGUCAGCGGCCAAAGCUUACGGAUGACCAGGCCGUGGUUGUUGGGUACGCCACAGAUGAGACAGAGGAUGCUAUGCCGCUGUCUCAUGCCCUGGCAUCGCAGAUCUGCGCCCAGAUGGAUCGGCUGAGGCGAGAUGGCGUGUUGACAUGGCUGCGUCCAGAUGCUCGCGCCCAGGUGACCGUGGAGUACAAGGCAGACUCCGAUGGCGCGCUGCUUCCACAGCGGGUCCACAGCAUCUCCGUCAUCUACAGCCAUUUACCAGAGGUAAAGCCUGCAGCUGCAGAGAAGGACCUCAUGGACCAGGUUGUGAAGCCCGUGGUUCCCGAUCGCUUUCUUGAUAGCUCGGUGCGCUGCAUCUUCGCACCUCGAGUGCGACGUGGUGCCUCGGAGGCGGGUUUCUCGGGUCGCCGGUGCGAUGCCGACGGCUACGGUGGAUGGGUGCCGGGAGGCGUACUCUCCGGCCGCGAUGGGUGGGCUCUGGGCCGCGCGGCCUACGGAGCCCGCUGGGCCGCAAGGAGCCUGGUCGCUGCCGGCCUCUGCCGGCGCUGCGAAGUGCGGCUGACCUUCGAUCCACAGAGCGAAGCUGCUGGGGUCCAGGUCCAUUCCUUCGGCACGAGCCGGAGCAGCAGUAAAACCGAUACACAGCUAGCUGAAAUCGUGACGCAAUCGUUUGACUUUCGCCCGAGCAGUCUCCAGCGGGACCUGAACCUCAAAGGUCCUCUGUUCCAACGCCUUUCAGCGUACGGACACUUCGGUCGAAAGGAGCUGGAUUUGCCAUGGGAAAAGCCCAAGGCGCUGCAGUGA